GACAAAGAUCGUUUCAAGAAGUAAAUAAUUUACCUAUUAUCAUAAUAUACUUUACAAUACAUAAUAAUCUACUUGAAUUGUUUUAAUUUAAUAUAUCUAAUUGUUUACGUGAUUUUGUUCUAAGGAUUUUAUUUUAUAAGAAUGUCUUUCCUAUUUGUAAAAAUAUAUUAUGGACCCUGCAAUACAUUUAAUAGCUGCCAACACAAACCCCAGUUGCUAAAUGGUGUUAGAGAACGUCUAAUGAAAAUGGGAUUUCGAUUGAGCAUGAUACCAGUGAACUCUAUCAACUAUUGCAUGAUUGAAAUGUGUGGACAUGAAGUAUUCCGGUGUAACAUAAAACACUUGAAAUUCAACCAUUCGUAUGAGCAAGACCCAGUGUGUCAGCGGGCCGUGGAAGCUGUGAUGACAUCGGCCGCCAAGUUCCGCCACGCUCGAGCCACACUAUGGUUCUGGAGUGUGUUGAACCAUCAAAUGUUUAGAAGAACCAAAUACCAACCCAAAGACUACUGGCCGGUGGAAAUUGACUGGACAGAACUUGCGCCAGUAAAGGAGUGUAUCGAUUGCUGUAAAAUUUUAGUAAAAUAUAAUAAAGAUAAUAAUGAUGCAAUGGAAUACUCUGAUGAAGAUGACAGCACUUCCUAAUAAUGUUCGUAAGACUGGAAUUUUUCAACUCAUUGUACCACUAUAAUCUUAAAGAUCAUUUUUAAUGCA